ACUUCAUUACAAAGCUUGAAAGCAAAAUGGCAGCACCUUUUAAAUAUAACUACGCGAUUGUGAGCCGAAUUCCCGAUAGUUUUAAGAAACAGCACCCUGAUGUGGAUCUUGAACAUGCCAGGGCAGAUCUUGAGAAAUAUGUGGACCUCCUCAGACGGCUUGGAAUCGAUGUUUUGGAGCUGCCAGCGGACGAGAAACAUCCCGAGUGUGUGAAUGUUGAUGACACUGCGGUGGUGAUAAAUGGAACUGCACUGAUGUGCUGUCCUCCAGAAAGACAAGGAGAGGUGAAUGUGAUCCGUCAGACUCUACGGCGAGAACUCGGCCUGAAGAUUGUGGAGAUCCAGAAUCCAUCAAAGGUCGCUCUCGAGGGCGGAGACGUACUCUUCACAGGUAAAGAGAUCAUCGUCGCACUAUCUCAGCAGACUAACGAAGCCGGUGCCCAAGCUGUCGCAUCAGCCUUCCCUGAAUAUGCCACCACCCCAGUCAAGAUCCCCAAUGGCUACCACUUGAAGGACCUUGUGUGCAUGGCUGGAAGGGACAUCAUGAUCCACGGGUCAAGCAGGACGGUUGAGGACAUCAUGAGGCAAAUUCGGAUCCAUGCGAGUUUUGGAUACUCCACCAUUGCCUUAGAGGAUGACCAUGCUUCCAACGGUCUCUAUUGCAAUGGUACCUUGGUUCAUCUCUCCGACAAACAAAUGUCGGGAAAGAGUUUUGGCACCCUUGAGAACAAGAUCGACUUCCCACGCCAGGCUCUGGACAUGGAGAGCCUGUUGAAGGGAGAGAGUUGCCUGACCCGUGUUGCUAUGCUGGUCGGAAAGGCCAAGUAUCCCAAGAAGAUUGUUUCGACACUCGAUUAAGAAUUUCAUGUCGGUGGCUGUGUAUAACAUCUAAAAUAGUUCCACUUUGCUGUAUAGAAUAUGGAAUGAGAAAAUGUCAGCAAAUUUUGGUUUUCAAAUGUUCAAAAUGAUGGUAACUGAAGACAGCUAAGAAAUCAGAAGGGGCCAUCUCUUUGUGGGAAGACUGAAGGACAGUUGAUCUCCUUGAAUAAGUUGAAAUGUGCCAUAUGGUCACUGUCCUUCUUCAUAAAAAAAUUAUCAUUGAAUCGUUGCAUAAAGGAAUGAAGUACUGCAAACCCAAAUACAUGUAUAUUGCAUACAUUUUAUUUUCUAGGCUUUUCUUCAUGUUUACAGAUAAUUGCAAAGAUAUAUGGCUAGGUUUAAAAUAGUUGAUGCUUGAUCAUAUGAAAACUGUAUUCAAAAAUGUUCCAUGUCUAUCUUAUCUGAUCUAAUUGUAAAAUGUGUGCACUGUGCAACUCAAACCUGGUAUUACCAGGGCUCCAACCUGCGAUUAUCAUCAAAAAACAUCUCUCGUAUUCAGGUCAAACCGGUUCUUGCUGGUUUUGAUACUGAUCACAAGUGAUUGUCAUCACCAAUUCUUGUCGCAGGUGACAGAGAUCGCCUGUGGUCAUUAUUGGAGGUCGCAAUGGUUGAAAUCCCUCGUGUGCGGGCGCUUUAUCUAAAGUCAAUCUGUGUGUAGCUAGGAGCAAAUGUAAUGCUGAUGACAAAGAAUAUUAAUAGUUCACCACUGAAACUGCUCUGCCUCCAUGAAAGCCCAGGUUCUAAGAGUGUCCAACACUUCUUAGGCCUGAUUAUGGCCUUGGAUACAAUGGGAUAUUUGAUGUGGGUAUAUAAUGUAUGUAGGCCUAUAGCAGCAGUUGUUUUUAUUUGUAUAUGUAUUGCACAAUAGGAAGUUGAGUGUUGCCAGGAUCUCCUCAUGACAGCCGAGGCCUAGUGGAGUUCCACAUGCCUUAUUUGGCCUUAAGGACUGGCUGGUGAAGUCAAUGCAACUAUCGGUUAUUUUAUUUCUGCCUGCCUUGAUGUUCCCGGGCAUUUAUAAGAACAUUGCAAUGUAUUUGUCAAUUCUUACCUCAUGAAAGUCCAGGUUGAAAUUGAAUCAGCCUGAUUUAGACCUUGGGGUUUAGUGAUUUCAUUGUAUGUUUAUAUUGCUUGUAUUCAUUAUCUGUGGAACAGAACCAAUUGUUAAACAAUUUUAGAUAACAAUCAACUGUAAAUGUCUCAUGAAAGCCCAGGACUUUUGUUUAUUCAGUCCUGAUUUAGGCCUUGAGACUUUGGUUGGUUGAAAUCAUCAAUUAAUAAAUAAUGUGUUUUUGUUCUAGAAAAAGUGUCGAAAAGAUAAUAAAAUGUCACUUUUUAGUACAAGUGGUAUACUACACACCUGAUGAAAGUUUGGAUACUUUUCCCGGGUUGACCCUUUAUGCCCCAUGAAAGCCCAGGUCAUGGGUUGAACCAUUGACCUGAUUUUGGCCUUGGGGUGUGGGAAAAUACUUGGAAGUGUACUAACUUCAUCGAAGCUUUUGAUAGUUCAUCAGACACUUCUGACAAAUGGAGUCUUUGUAGGGCGAUUGAAAGUUAUAUGCCACUGGGCUAAUACCAGGACAUUCGGCCUUAUUGGGGAAUAUUUGGAUUCGGGCCUUUCUUCCUCAUUCUCGUCAAGACAGUGGUUCAAGUCGCUUGUCACAUUAUGACCUUGAGGAAGAUCGCGUGGGGUGGGUUUUGAGGUAAAAAGAGCAAGAUAGACUCUGAAAAUGGAAAUUUAAUGAAUCUUGGCACCCCAGUAUGUAAACUUAAUUUGGACAUCAAACACCGUUUUUGAACUGUUUGUGCUGCCAAUGUUCUGGUAUUGGUCCAAACUUGUCAUUUUAUGUCAGAGCUUUGUUCCAUAGUUACUGUCUGGGACAUGCAUUGUUUUAUAUAUGAAGUCAAAAUAAAUAGUUUCUACUUUAUCCGCAAA